ACCACAAUGAAGACCUUCGCACUUUGGUUGUUAGUUGCGAUUGAGUUGGUGCCAUUUAUCCUCGCAGUCCCUGGCAACCCUUCUUAUGUCGUCGGCAGAUACAAGCCAACCACAAGAUACGUUUUCUUGAAGCGUGAAGAGGACAACUUUGACUGGGGCGCUGUUGUUCAACAUUUCAAUACCUGCCACCAGUACAAGUUUCUGAUCGACAAGAUUGUCGUCACCACGACAGACGGCGGAAGUGACUACCCUGCUCGUGGACAUCUUGUGGCUGGAGGCAUCAAUCAAUUUUACUUCGGCCUCAGGCUUACCGGUAUUGGCACCACAUUCUACGCAGUUGAGGUGUGGGUCACCUGGCAGGAAAAGGAGAGAACAGUCACGCAGGACACUAUGAUCGGGUUUAGGCUCUUCCACCCUUGCGCUCACCGGGCUUCAGAGGACGAUUAAUGUACUGCUUAAAAUAUAAAAAUAAAGUCAUAUUGUUCUUCAAGAAU